GUGAGGGCAGAGCCGACGAGCACGGCGGUGACUCAUUGCGCACCAUCGGUCCGCCAGAGCGCUUAGUUUUUGCGCUUUUUAAUGCGGAUAAUUUAUACCUUUUAUUAAAAAAAAAAUAAAGAACAGCAAAGAGAAGCUGUGUACUGUCGUAGUGGGCGGGGUUUGACUUGAUCGACCCAUUCAUUUUUUUUUUUUUUUUUUGCAUUACUUCGUCUUCCGACGGACGCGCAAACGGAGAUUACAACAGUUAACUGACUGAAUAUUGUACAUCUGGUUACAUCAGUGGAUUACUACAACUUUUAAAGGCUGAAUCUGUGAUUUCAACAUGGGAACGAACCCAAAAAGGACAGUGACAGUCCAGAUGGUGCCUCAGCUGGCUGUGGCAGACACCCUGGCCAAUAAGGAGUCUAAUGCCAACUGGGCCAAAGAUCCCAACCUUAAACGCUCUCAGGUUUGUCCAAAACCCAAACCCACCCCUACAGAACACAGCCAGGACAAUCUAUCGCUGACGGCUUCCACAACUAACACUGUUCCAUGUUCUGAAAUAAAAGCUCAAGAAGGAGCAGAACCAGUUAACAGUGCUGCGUUGGACAAGCCAACACAUACCAAUGAAAACCAGAAAAAAACAGAACUUCUGACAGGUGGAGACCAACAGAAACAAAUGCUAGAGUGCAAAAGCCAAGGUGGGAGAGAUGGCGGAGAGGACCGAAGAGAUGGGAACGCUAAUGUGAGAGUGCAAGGGCUGACUGAGGAAGCAGUCCUCUCAGCAGCUGUCACAGCAUCCAAAGUUGACGUGCAGACCAACAACUGCAGAGUUAAAGGACUGAGUGCACCAGAGGAGGAGCGUGCAAAGGUUAUACUGCCAGGUAGUGAUGCACCUUCAGGCAAAGCAUCACUUUUUAAGGACAGUAAUAAACACAACUCUCCAAAUAAUCAAAAGCUUAAUCCCUGUGAGUUACGACACACAGUGUCUGAAGUGCUAACAUCCCAACAAGAGACUACAGAGAGUAAGUCACUGGACGUAAACAAGGACUUUGCCUUGCUACAGACAUCUAAAGGGCUCGAGCAUAUAAGUAGUUGCUCUCACAGCUCUGUGCAUCAACCAAAAUGCACUGUAGAACUGGCAGCACCUCCAUGUAUGAGUGCAGGUGGAACACCAAGGUCUGCACAUAACAACUCAGCUUCAAUACACCCAGAGAGGGAUUUACAAGCAGGAAACGAAUUUGAAGUCUCAUCAGAUAAAUGUCAAACGGUGUCUUCACUGAAGGAUUCCUCCACUGAGGCGGCGUGUAGGCAGGUGCCUGAGGAAGCAAACCACACGGCCACAGCUGGGCUGCAACAAGUACAGAAACUCUACAGAGAGGCAGCAACAAUGACAUCAUCUCUGUCAUCUACCCCUGUCAAGCAGUGUCACGAUAUGGAGGUUCAGGCGGUGGUUAAUACAAGCACUAAGGCCGUGUCCACCAGUCCAAGUCUGCUGCCUGUAAUUGUGUCUCGCAGGGUAAGUGCUGGUGGAGUCCCCCAGGAGGACGCGCAGAGCCUGGCUGUAGUCUACCAGUGUGAGGAUGGGAUGGGCCUCCAUCAAAUCAACAUGGGUUCCAUGCCAGCCACUGCAGAGUCGAGAUCAGAGAGGCUAAUCGUUGAGGCGGAGAUGUGCCCAAGCCAAAAUACCAUCAGGGGCGUUACGUCCCAGCAUCAAGAGUCCAAGCUGAUGGCCAAGCCUAAAAACCAGGGAUCAGAUCUUUGUAGAAUCCAGCCAGUUUAUCAAAUCACCAUUGAGCACCGCAACCAAGGAGAACCGGUGAGCCCCCACCAAGAGGAAAUACCCAACUCCCAAUCCAAGAGUGGUGAUCAGAAGUCAAAAUUACCCCCAGAGGGAGCUACUAGGUCCACUGACAGCAACAAUGCUGUCAUCUCUCAGCCCAACCAAGUUCAUCCAGCAUCGCUGACUGUGGACAGCGCUUCAAAGCCAGAGCAUUCUGGAAACAAAGCUGACAGUCCAAUGGAAAAGACUAAAGCUGGAGGUAAAUCCUCGACGAAGGACACAAAUUCCUGCAAGAAGGAGAUAGAACCUGAGAGAAAUGACAAUGGGGGUGAUCAGACGGUGAAGCAGAAAGGAAAGAGCGUGCAUGACGUGGUUUGGGAUGAACAAGGGAUGACGUGGGAAGUCUACGGGGCCUCUGUGGACCCAGAAUCCCUCGGUUUUGCCAUUCAGAGCCAUUUGCAGUGUAAGAUCAAGGAACAAGAGAGGAAGCUGAUGGCUCAGACCUCUUUCCGAAAGUCGAUUUCGGGCAUCGGCUCGCUGCGAAAUGGCAGGAAGAAAAAAAGGAGGCAGCAGAACAUUUUCAGGUCAAUGCUGCAAAAUGUCAGACGGCCCAACUGCUGUGUACACGCCCCUCCCUCCUCUGUCCUUGAGUAGCCCAGCCAAUGUCGAACAUGCUCCCUUUUUCCUACAGGUCAAAAUGUUUGUCCUCUCAAUGCCACGUGAUACUGUAACGGGACAACGAUCCCUGUAAGUAUACUGGCACGUUGACGUAUAAACAAGUUAACUGUCUGUCAUGUUUGUGAUCGAAGAAGACCGCGAGGUAGGAAAUAGAAACAUGGAAUGAGCAACUCCAGGCUUGUUUUAUAGAUGUAGAGGUUGUAAAAAAGCAAGCAUUUUAAAAUAAUAAAGGCAAUAAUAGUUAAAAGCAUGUGUAUCAAGUUAUCACGAGAGAAGCAUUACAUAUUACGUCCAAACAUUUAGUGCACUGAUGAUGAGGGUUGGCCUUCAUUACUUACUGUCAGCAUAUCUGUUCAUAAUAUAAUGUUAACAUCUCGUUGCAGUUGGUGCAAUUGUUUGUUUUUUGUUUUUUAGGUAUUUUGGGGCACUAUAUUUACAAGAUUGUUGUAUUUUCUUCUUUUGCAAAGUUGUUUUACAUCAGUGACUGUAUUGUGCUUACAAUCUAUCUAACCUGCUCUUCUCUGAAUUUGUAUUAAAAUAGCAAAAAACU